AUGAAUAAAAGGAUAUUUAGUUUAGUUUGUAUCGUAUUGUAUGUCCUUUUGACUGUAUCCAUACAUUGCUCUGAGCAGAAAGAAUCUGGAUUAAGAAGUAGAAUCACUCGGGCUAUUAAAAAAAUAAAGAGAAGUAACAAAAAAAAUGGUACAGAAACUAAAAGCAAAAUUCAAUUAAAUAAUAACAAUAAUAAAGAUUCUAUUGAUGAUAAAGAUGAUUGUAUUGAGUAUUACAGAAAUUACGAUAAGGACGCUCCCAAAUACGUUCCACUUUGUUGUGGUUUAUGUUGUGAAGUUGAAGAUGAUACGGGGUUAUACACUUAUGUAUUAAGUGAAUAA